UCCUCCAGGAGGGUUUUUAAAUUUGAUUGGACAAAACCAAUCGCCACAGCCACAACAACAUGGUCAGAGUAUGCCCUUCAACCCGAUGUGUCCACCAUCAGCAAAUCUCUACAGAACACCAUCUCCCGAAGCUACGAAACAAGGCACUUCAAGUAACAUUGAUGAAUCUGCAAACAUCGACUCAAAUAGGGCAGCAAAGAUGAACAACAAAAGAUAUUGGACUCAUGAAGAGGAAGAAAGACUGGCUAGUGCUUGGUUGAAUGCUUCUAAAGACCCAAUUCAUGGUAAUGACAAGAAAGGUGAAACAUUUUGGAAAGAAGUCACUGACCACUUUAACAAGAAAGGGGAAGGGAAGCGUACAAGAGAAUUUAACCAAUUGAAGAUUCACUGGUGCCGCCUCAAGACGUCGAUUGGUGAGUUCAAUGACUGCUGGACUAAGGUAUCUCAAAUACAUACAAGUGGAUAUUCAGAUGACAUGCUAGAGAAAGAGGCACAGGAGGUGUAUGUAAGCAGGUUUGGAAAGCCUUUUACAUUGGUGCAUUGGUGGAAGAUACUAAAAGAAGAGCCCAAAUGGUGUGCAUUAUUUGACACAGAGAAAGGCAAGGCUGAAUUAGUUGACAUCACAGAAGAAGAAAUACGUCCCGGUGGAAGGGACAGUGCAAAGGCUGAGCGUAGUGGAAAGCGCAAGAAGACAAAAGUUAUGGAUGGAAUUGUCAACCUUGAAGACUCAAUUCAAAAAAUUGUCAAGGUCCAGGAAGAUCGGAAAGAGGAGCUUGAAAAGGUAGCUGAAGCACAGAUUCAGAUAUCGAAUGCAAAUCUGCAGGCAGCAAAGGAGGAAAAGGAAGCGAAGAUGUAUCAAGUCUACAAUACCUUGCUGAGUAAAGAUACAAGUAACAUGACCGAAGACCAAAAGCAUAAGCAUGAGAGAGCAAUACAGAAGAUAGAAGAAAAACUUUAUUCAUAAGAAGGUGAGUUCUGAAAAAUAUCUUCUACUGUGCAUGUUACUUUUUAGUGUACAUGGUAGCUUCUAGUUUGAACAGUUUCUAGUGUGAAUGUUACUAGUGUGAAUGUCACUUUUCAU